AUGGGGUCCAGAAAACUGCAACUUCAUAGACCAGACGCUACCCGACCGUUCAGCCUUCAGACAGAUGACUCAGACAUUGGUAUGGGAGCCGUACUCUUCCCAGGGACUCAAGAGAAGAAAGAAGUAAUCGCCUACUCCUCAACCAAAUUGAAACCAGCAGAGAAGCGUUAUCACAUUAAUGAGAAGGAGUGCCUAGCAUUAGUAUGGGCACUCAAGAAAUACAAACACUUCCUCCAUGACCAGCAUUUUACCCUAUACACAGACAGCCAAGCCCUGUUAUGGCGAAACCGGUUCAAAGAAGACAAAGCCAAGUUAUCCAGAUGGGCCAUAUUGCUACAAGAGUUUAAUUUCUCCAUAAAGCACAUACCUGGAAAAUAA